UUUCGCGCGCGUGUUAGUAUGAACGCACCGGUAUUUGUAUUACAUAUUUGUAUUAACCUAACAAAUUACGGAACGGAAGCUGUUCACUAGGACUCUAUAUCUUUUUCGUGAAUUAGUGUGAUUAGUUGUGAACGAUUGUAUGACAUUAUUAAUAUUGUGGUUUUGUAUUUUCUGUGAAAGAUGUCAGUACCAAAGAGGAGAAAAAUUUUUGACAUAGUACAAUUUAUUGAUAAUGACAAUGAAAAUGAGAAGAAGUCUAUCGAUUGUGUACCAUCAUUAUGGAUAUUUUUUGAUGAAGAGAUACGUCAAAUAAAAACAAAAUUUAUGCCACCCCUUUAUUCGUCUAAAAAAUGUAAUGUCCUGCAUAAGAUGGUACAAAAAAAUGUAGACCCACUAAGCACAUGGCCAAGUUACCGUAUAAAUUUAAUAAAAAGCGCAGGUACUUAUUCAGAAGCGUUAUCCAUAAUAGAAAAAUUAAAAAAUGAGGAAUAUGUAUAUACUACAGAUACAGAAGAAAAUAGAAAUACUGAAAAUGCGAACAUAUACAGUGUAGCAAACCACAAUUACAUUUUACCUCCAGUACAGGAGAUGAAAGGCAAUUUGACUAUAUGCAGAAGUUUUUCGUCUAGUGAUUCAUCAAUUGAAAAUGAUACUGAAACCUGUGUUAAAGAUAAUGUAACAAAUAAAAACAGCAGAGACUGCAGAGUAACGUGCUCACAUCAAAGAAUACAAAUUCUCAAGGUAUAAUUGAGAUAUAUACAGAGUAUCUGUCGACAGGAAUUGAAAAAAAUAUAAGCAAUAUAAGCAAUAUUUAACACAAGAUGGCAAAAUUUCUGAUGGAUGUAUGUUUAUGAUCUCAAUGGUACCUUUAAGUCUCGUUUCAACUUACAAUAAAAACAUUUUAAUUUGGAAUAAUAAUCGAACUUCUUCAACAAGAUACUGUCGCAAUAAAAUUUGCAUAUAAAAUUUGAAUAUAAUAAAGAAACUGCGGAGAAAGUAAAAAAUGAAGUAUAUGAAUAUGAAUAUUAAAAUUGUUCAACUACGUCAAACAGAAAUAAACAUAUUCGGAAUUAUAUUUAAAGUAAAACACGAAAUGUUUACUAUGAUAGAUAGUAAAAUAGUUCAAUUUGUAACAGACACGGGUUCUUCAGCUAUAUGUUUCAUCUGCGAUUCCAAACCAUCUGAAAUGAAUAACUUAUUCGAAAUUAGGCUAAGAUCGAACAAAGAAAAAUCUCUGAAGUUCGGGAUGUCACCUUUACAUGUACGAAUUAAGUUUAUGGAGUGUAUAUUACACAUUGCCUAUAAUCUUUUAUUAAGAAAUGGUCAGUAACCUCGGAAACGCGCAUUCAAAAAGAAAAGGCAAAAAAAAAGAAUACAAGCUGCAUUCUACAAUCAACUUGGAUUGAGAGUAGAUAUUGUCAAACAAGGUUUCGGAUCAUCCAAUGACGGAAAUAAUUCACGAUGAUUUUUUGCUGAUCCAAAAAUUACAGCAGAAAUAACUGGAGUUGACGACGAAUUGAUUGAAAGAUUUUGUAUAAUAUUGCAAGUAAUCAAUUGUGAAGCAAACAUAGAUCCAAUGAAAUUUGAUUCAUAUGCUUACAGAACAGCAGAAAUAUUUGUCAAAAAAUAUUGUUGGUAUUUCAUGCCAGUAACAUGCCAUAAAAUCCUCUUACAUGGUAAGAGAAAUAAAUAAAUAGAUAGAUAAAUAGAUAAAUAAAUUAUAACAUAGAAUUUUCGCAACGUUAAAAAUUGCACUUUAAUAAAAUUUUAUAUAAAGAACGACUUUUAAAGUAAAAAAAUUUUGUAUUUUAAAUUUAAAUUUGCCAAUUUUUUAAAUUUGUUCAAACUAGGUAAAGAAAUUAUAGAAAAUGCAGGAUUACCCAUUGGAGCAUUAUCAGAAGAAACCCAAGAGGCUAGGAAUAAAGACUACAAGCGAUAUCGACGCAAUCAUACUAGAAAAUGCAGCCAUGUCCUUACGAAUGAAGAUAUUAUGCAUGGUUUAUCCCGUCGUUGUUUAAAAAUUAAUAAAAUAUAAUAAAUUAUAUCGAGUGGAAAGACAGGAUUAAUGCAGCCGUUCCGUUAAGGAAAUGCCGCCAAAAUUAUUUAUCACAGUAUCUUACUAAAAUGUGCUCUUUAUUGCGUGCUUGCCUCUCAAAACGUAGAUGCCGACUGACUCACAGGUCGUUGUCGAAAAUACAAGUAAAUAUAAUAAUAAGAGUGAUCGCCACAUCGUCGCUGGCCUUUCCAGGCGCGUCAAUAUACUCGUUAGAGCCCGAACAUCCUGCCCCCCUUGAGAUUUUCUCAACAAUGUGAUAAUUUAAUGAUAAAAUUUUAAUUUACAAUUAAUAACUGCACGAUUUAUUCAAUGGGUAGCGGGGCAAGAGCUCUUACAUUUCGCUUAUAUGUACCAUUCUGAGUCUCUACGGUAACCACUCUCACAAUGUUAUCGUCUCCCGGAUGCACAGCCACUAUCCUGCCCAUCGAUCAUUGCAAAGGAGCAGUGUUGUCAUCUUUAAUAAGAACCAAGAUUCCUGGUUUAAUACAUGAAGCGUGUGAAUUCAACCACUUGGUUCGCUGUUGCAGCUCGUUUAAAUACUCCUUGCUCCAGCGACGCCAAAAGUUUUGCUUAAUUUUUUGUAUGUGUUUCCAUAUAGACAAUCUGUUAGUGGGCACAUCCGUGAGAUCGACUUCAGGAAUAUCUGACAACGACGUUCCUAUCAAAAAAUGUGCAAGCGUCAAAGCCAAGCAAUCAUUUGGAUCCGAGGACAGAGCAGUGAGCGGUCGCGAAUUCAAUACACCUUCUAUUUCAAUUACAAAUGUGUUAAAUUCUUCAAAUGUAAAUAAUGUUUCACCGAGUGUUCGACGCAUGUGAUGCUUAAAUCCCUUCACCGCGGCCUCCCAUAAUCCGCCAAAAUGCGGUGAACGUGGCGGUAUAAAAUUCCAUUUGACUCCCCUGUCGACACAAAACCGCUGAAGGUUAUCAAUAUGUUCCUUUAAAUUGUAUAAUUUAUGCAAAUCUUUUAGUUCAUUAUUUGCUCCGGUAAAGUUAGUCGCAUUAUCAGAAUAAAUUAUUCCGGCCUUCCCACGCCUGGCAAAAAAUCGUCGCAAACUGGCAAUAAACGCUUCUGUAUUUAAAUCAGAAACGACCUCCAAAUGAACAGCCUUCGUAGCAAAGCAAAUAUAUACGGCCACAUAAACCUUGAUUUUAUUCUUAUUUCUAUAACGCUUUUCCUUUAUAUAAAAAGGGCCACAAUAGUCGACACCAACCUUCUCGAACGGGCGAUCGCUCACUACUCUAUCCAUCGGUAAAUUUCCCAUUUGAUACUUUGGUGCGGGUGCUGCAAAUCGAAAGCAUCUCAUACAAGUACGAACAGUAUACUUAGCAAUGUCCUUUCCUCUAACUGCCCAA